AUGGGUAUCAAACAGCUCUUCUCCCUGAUCAAACAGGAAUGCCCAGAUGCCUACAAAGAGGGCGAUAUUAAGACCCAUUUCGGCAGGAAAGUAGCCAUCGAUGCGUCGAUGUCCAUCUACAGCUUCCUCAUCGCUGUCCGCUCCGGCGGCGAGAUGCUCACCAACGAAGAGGGCGAGACCACCUCCCACCUCAUGGGCAUGUUCUACCGAACCCUACGCAUCGUCGAUGGCGGCAUCAAGCCCGUGUACGUCUUCGACGGCGCGCCCCCAAAGCUCAAGAGCGGGGAACUCGCCAAGCGCUUCCAGCGCAAGUCAGAGGCUGCGGAGGGGCUCGAAGAGGCGAAGGAAACUGGCACGGCUGAGGAAGUCGAGAAGUUCUCAAGGAGGACGGUCAGGGUCACCCGGGAACAUAAUGCGGAGUGCCAGAGAUUGCUGAAGUUGAUGGGUGUCCCAUAUAUCAUUGCCCCAACGGAGGCGGAGGCCCAGUGCGCAGCUCUGGCGAGAGCAGGCAAGGUCUAUGCCGCUGCGAGUGAGGAUAUGGAUACGCUCUGUUUUGACUCCCCUGUUCUGUUGCGUCACCUCACCUUCAGCGAGAUGCGAAAGGAGCCCAUCCAAGAAGUAUUUCUCGAGAAGGUUCUUGCCGGCUUGGACAUGGAUCGCAAACAAUUCAUCGAUCUCUGCAUCCUCCUCGGCUGUGACUACCUCGACCCCAUCCCCAAAGUCGGCCCGCAAACCGCCCUAAAACUCAUCCGCGAGCACGGCACGCUCGAAAAGCUCGUCGAAUCCAUCCAAGCCGGCAAAAGCAAAUACGUGCUGCCGGACGACUGGCCAUUCGCCGACGCGCGCGAGCUCUUCCUCAACCCGGACGUGCGGCCCGCCUCGCACCCAGAGUGCGACUUCAAGUGGGAAGCGCCGGACGUCGAGGGCCUCGUGCAGUUCCUCGUCACGGAGAAGGGGUUCAGCGAGGACCGCGUGCGGGCGGGCGCGGCGCGGCUCUCCAAGAACCUGAAGACGAGCCAGCAGGCGCGGCUCGAGGGCUUCUUCAAGCCGGUGCCGAAAACGGCGGAGCAGCUGCAGACGCUGAAGCGCAAGAAUGAGGAGCGCAACGAGGAGAAGAAGAAGAGGAUGAAGGAGGAGAAGAAGGAGAAGGCGAAGGCGAAGGCGAAACCCAGGGGGACGGCUUAGUUCUACCAUCCCCUUCCUCCUUCUCGUCUUCUUCUUGUUCCUGUACCUAUAUCAUAUGUGUGUAUCGAGCAUCGCAUGGGACGCAUGGCGGACUGGGGAAACGGCGUUUCAUUUCCUUUUGUUUCGGUAGGGCGGAGAGGCGUUGGAGCGUCCUGCUUGCUUGCUUGCUUGCUUAGUUAUCAUAAUGAAAUAACCCAUUAUGCAUAUAAAAAAUGGGGAAAAGCAAUGCGUUC